UGGCCCCGAACCAAUGCGGCAUCACCACCACCACUCGCGCUGUCCUUCUCCUAGAGCUAGAAGCUUUUGGAAUCCGGUGUCGAUGCGAUGGCGUCGCUGGUGCGGCCGCCCGUGCUGUCCGUCUGCGCCGUGAGUGGCGGCGGCGGCGGAGGAGGGAAGGACAGGUGGGCGCCGCAGCCGCAGCGGUCGUGGUGGGGCAGGAGCAAGCAGAGCUUGCCGCACCAGCCGCGGCAGUCGGGCGGGAGCGGCGGAGCGUUGGACCAGGUGCUGGGCGUGCUACGCCGCGACGGCGAGUUCCUCCAGGCCGCCGCCGGCGCCCCGCUCCGCGACGUCUUCUGGCUCCGCUUCCUCGAGAAGAAGCAGCAGCGGAAGCAACCGAAACCGAAGCCUAAACCUUCGCAGCAACAGCAGAUGCUGCAGCAGCAGGAGAAGGAGCCUCCCCGUGAAGCUCCAGACUUCCCGCCUCCCUCGUACCCGCCAGGGCUGUCAUGCGUGGAGCUGAUGAAGGCGGAUUUCCAAGCCCUCAAGGUGUAUGUCGGUAGCUCUCAACACGCUCUCGCGCGGCGAUUCCUCGGAAGCAAGCGGCAACCAAAACCUCAACAACAACCUAAACCCAAACCGCAGGAACAGCACACAGAGCAGCAGCAGCAGCAGAUGCUUCAACCGCCGGCCUUCCCUCCACCCCCUUACCCUCCAGGGUUAUCUUGUAUGGAGUUGAUGAUGGCCGAUCUUGAAGCCCUCAAACUGUACAUCAACUACUAUUCGACCAUCCUCACUACCCCGCUUCCCCAGCAUUACGAUCCCGACCUCCUUGCUCAGUACUUCGCCUCACGUCCUCAUAUCCUCGCCUUUCGCACCAUUCAGAUACUAUUUGCAUUUGUCUCAGCUUCAGUAAAGAUGCAAAUUUCUAAAAGAGCCAAGUUAACCACAGAUGCUACCUAUAGCAGUGGCAACAGCAGUAAUGGCUUUGAUGCUUCUCAAUACAUGGUUGGCCAACUUCUCAAGGAGACGUUUCUUGACCUUGGACCUACUUUUGUUAAAGUUGGACAAUCCCUUUCUACAAGACCUGAUAUCAUAGGCUCGGAGAUUUGUGAGGCCCUUUCUGAGUUGCAUGAAAGAGUUCCUCCUUUCCAAAGAGAGGAUGCAAUGAAGACCAUCGAGGAAGAAUUUGGGUGCCCUGUAUCACGCAUUUUCAGUUACGUUUCGGAUGAGCCUGUAGCAGCAGCUUCCUUUGGACAGGUUUACCAAGGGCGUACAGUUGAUGGUGCUCUUGUGGCCAUAAAGGUUCAGCGGCCGAAUCUUCUUCCUUCUGUAUUGAGAGACAUCUAUAUUCUACGCCUUGGGCUUGGUUUCGUGCGGAAGGUAGCCAAACGAAGGAGCAACAUUUCCCUCUAUGCUGAUGAGUUGGGUAGAGGUUUUGUCGGCGAGCUAGAUUACAAUAUUGAAGCUGCUAAUGCUACCAAAUUUCUGGAAUUCCAUUCCAGAUAUCCAUUUAUGCUGGUUCCUAAGGUUCUCAAACAACUUACUAGAAAGAGGGUUUUGACAAUGGAGUGGGUGACUGGUGAGAACCCCAAGGACUUGCUUGCUUUGUCUAGAGGAAUUUCUAGCAAAAUUACUGAAGCUUCAGAGAAGCAGAAGUUUGAAGCAAAAACUCGCCUUCUUGACCUGGUCAAUAAAGGUGUCGAGGCAUCACUAGUACAGCUCCUCGAGACAGGUUUGUUGCAUGCUGACCCUCAUCCCGGCAACUUGCGUUAUACUCCUGAAGGUCGUGUCGGGUUUCUUGAUUUUGGUUUGCUUUGCAUGAUGGAGAAGAAACAUCAGCGUGCUAUGCUUGCAAGCAUUGUGCACAUAGUAAAUGGAGAUUGGGCUUCUCUUGUUUAUGAUUUGACUGAAAUGGAUGUAGUUCCACCAAGAACGAAUCUGCGCCGAGUGACAAUGGAGUUGGAGGAUGCAUUGGGCGAGGUACCUUUUGAAGACGGAAUUCCAGAAAUCAAGUUUAGUAGGGUGCUUGGAAAAAUUUGGUCUGUGGCACUUAAAUAUCACUUCCGUAUGCCACCUUACUACACGCUGGUCCUUCGGUCACUUGCCUCUUUGGAAGGACUGGCCGUAGCAGCGGACAAAACUUUCAAAACAUUUCAAGCAGCAUACCCAUAUGUUGUUCGGAAGCUUCUUUCCGAUAAUUCACUUGCGACAAGGAGACUUCUGAAUCAGGCAAUUUUGAACAAAAGGAAAGAGUUCCAAUGGCAGAAGAUUGCCGUGUUUCUAAAAUUAGCUUCAGCAAGGAGCAACUUCAAGUAUAACAGUGGAGUUUUGCCUGACACAAAGGACGUAAAUGUCUCUAGCCUUGUAGAGAUCAGUAAUCCAUCUUCGCUUGACCGUGUGACACCAGAGAGGGCAUUGCAUAUUGCAAACAUGUGUUUGAGGCUUUUAUUGUCAAGGGAUAACGUUGUGAUCAGGAGACUUAUUAUGACCGCGAAUGCAAAAUCUCUUGCCCGUGACCUGAUCUCCAGAGAUGCAUCGAUGUUCCGGGUGCUCCUGAGUAGGGCUAUCGCCGACAUCGUCUGCCAGUGGAUGCAGAAUGUUACAGGCUUAAAACGUGCCGGAGAGCGCCAGCCUCAGAAGCUCGUGGUCACAGAAAGGAACGAGGGAGAUCUGGUGCUGUCCAACGAAGCAUCAACCCUGAUGGCAUUCCAGGCGGCCGUAAGAGACCGCAGGAUGCAGAUCAUAUUCUCCAAGUUUGUGAGGGAGUUAAGAGAAGAGCCCGUACUGAUGGUCAGGGUGAGCUGGAACAUGUUCGUUAUCUCAGUCACAUCUGCCGCGAUCGGCCUGCACCGUUUCAUGGUGUUCUUGUCGGAGGAGUACCUGCCGACGUUACCACCGCCUGUGCCUCCACCGCGGCUAGUUCAGAUUCAGAGCUUGUAACGAGCUGCUACCAGGCCGACUAUCAGAUAGUUCUUGGUCGCACAUGUACCGAGUUAUUAACUGUAUAUAAACGUUGCAGGACGAUCAGUAAUUCUUAAACUAUUUUUUGGUUCCCAUACAA